UCUUUUCUUUUCGGAAAGGGUUGGAGAGGGCGAGGUCGGUUUGCGGGAGACUGAGGGAGCGACUUUGAUUCACUUCUUUCAAAUCAUCUUCCUCGCUUCCGAUCCCUCCCUUGUAGAGAGUUCUCAGAUUUCUCUUCGUCUUGGUUUAUGAGCUCGAAGGAGAGACCCACUCUCGGUGGCACGCGGAUUAAGACCCGCAAACGGAAUAUCGCGGCUCCUUUGGACCCUGCAGCUUUUGCAGAUGCAGUGGUCCAAAUCUAUUUGGAUCAUGCUGGUGAUUUGGAACUUGUUGCCAAGAGUAUUGAAUCAUCCGACCUCGAUUUCUCAAGAUAUGGUGACACCUUCUUCGAGGUGGUUUUCACUGGUGGGCGUACACAAACUGGCACUAUAAAACCUGAAGAAGGACAGCGCCAUGCAUAUUCUGUUCUAGAUUGUGAGCCAAAGCGUGAAGCAAUCCUCCCUUCUGUUCUCUACAUACAAAAGAUUUUGCGCAGGAGGCCAUUUCUCAUAAAGAGUCUUGAAAAUGUCAUGCGAAGAUUCCUGCAGUCACUGGAGCUUUUCGAGGAAAAUGAAAGGAAGAAACUUGCUAUAUUCACAGCCCUUACAUUUUCUCAGAAGCUGUCGGGGCUUCCACCAGAGACGGUUUUUCAGCCGUUGCUUAAGGACAGCCUUGUGGCCAAGGGCCUCGUUCUUUUGUUCAUAACAGAUUUUUUCAAGGAGUAUUUGGUUGAGAACAGUCUUGAUGAUCUCAUUUCCCUUUUAAAACGGGGCAAAAUGGAAGAUAAUCUAUUGGAGUUUUUACCCACUGCAAAACGGUCUGCAGAAGGUUUUUCUGAGCACUUCAGCAAGGAGGGGCUCAUACCUCUGGUUGAGUACAAUGAGAAGAAGAUAUUUGAGGUCAAGCUGAAGGAGAUGAAAUCUGCACUUGUAGCACAGAUAUCAGAGGAAACUGACAUAUCUGAAGUUAUUGAGACAGUGAAGCAGCGCAUGAGGGAUGCUAAAUUACCAGAUAUAGAUGUUGUCGGAAUGCUGUGGGAUGUCAUCAUGGAGGCCGUUCAGUGGUCUGGCAAAAACCAGCAGCAGAAUGCAAAUGCAGCACUUCGACAGGUGAAGACAUGGGCAAAGCUACUGAGUGCAUUUUGUGUGAAUGCAAAGCUCGAGCUUGAGCUCAUCUACAAAGUUCAGAUUCAAUGCUAUGAAGAUGCCAAGCUCAUGAAACUGUUUCCUGAAAUUGUAAGGUCUCUUUAUGAUCAAGAUGUGCUUGCUGAAGACACCAUUCUCAUGUGGUUUCGACGUGGCACUAACCCUAAGGGAAGGCAAACUUUUGUGAAAGCGCUGGAGCCUUUUGUCAAUUGGCUGGAGGAAGCCGAAGAAGAAGAAUAAAGUGGCUUUUUGGAGUUUUAUUUGCUACCGUAUGUUGUCCACUAUCUAAUGCGUGCGUAAGGCUGUUGUUUUAUGCCUGAAUUGGAGUGUGUUUGCUGGAUUAGUCGGUGACUCGGGCCACUCGGCGAGUAUAAGAAUAUAAGCUAAACAACACUUUAUAUA